AUGCGGCAGCGCCAACAGCCGCAGCGGCUAACACCGCCGCAGCAGCAACAACUACAACGGAGGCAACCGCAGGGGGUGAAACCUCUGAGAAGGAGGCCACCGAGGACGGCAGCAGUUGCCAUUAGGUGCACUCCCGGCAAGGACAGCAGCCGGGAGUAUGCGGAUGCCAUUCGUUUGGCNAGGGAGCAGGUGUCCCUAACGAAGAUAGGGAUUGGGGACAUCCGCGUCCGUAAGGAUAUGGGGGGAGGCCUCCUUCUGGAAAUUCCAGGGGAAGGAGGCAGUGAGAAGGCGGACCGCUUAGCAGAGGCGUUGUCGCCGGUCCUCUCUGGCAGGGCGGUGGUGUCCCGCCCUAUGCGCAGGGGUGAAGUCCGGUUAACGGGGCUAGAUGCCUCCGUUAACCAGGACGACAUCAUUGCGGCAAUGACGACGGGGGAGUUCGGGCCCUGCAGGGGAAGCGACAUUUCCGUGGGGCCUAUUGCCGAGGGCCGAGACCGUAUGGGCUCGGCCUGGAUAAGGUGCCCGGAGGCGGUGGCCAUUAAAUUGGCUGCUGUGGGGCGACUUCGGGUUGGCUGGUCCAGCGCCCGAGUCGUCCCACUUGAAGUGCGCCGACUCCAGUGCUAUAAAUGCCUGGAGUUCGGCCACGUACGGCAGUCUUGCCGUAACGAGGAGGACCGCACCCGCACCUGUUUCCGGUGCGGGAAGGAGGCCGAUCACACGGCGCGCACCUGCACGGCUCCUGUACGGUGCGUGCUGUGUGACAGCAGAGGCCUGUCCACCGGCCACAGGAUGGGAGGCCCAUCCUGCCCUUCACGCCUGAAGGGCAGGAAUG